AUGCUAGUAUAUGAACUAGCACAGUCCCUUGGCUAUGACUGUCGAGACUCCAACAUCAUCAUUAAAUUAGACAUAGAGAAGGCCUUUGAUAGGAUAGAGUGGAGUUUCCUCAUUAAGGUUCUUAGACGCUUUGGGUUCACUGACGACUUCAUUGACUUAGUCGAUGCAUGUGUUAGGGACAAUCAUUUCUCUUUAUUGGUGAACGGUAGCUCCACACCAUUUUUCACGGCCAUGAGAGGUCUACGACAGGGCGAUCCACUAUCACCCACCCUCUUCAUCUUGGUCGAAGAAGUCCUCAGUCGAUCUCUCACCCGAGCAAUCAAUCAAGGACUUAUCCAACCAUACUACUCGAAGAGGGGUUGUCCGAUCAUCUCAUACUCCCUCUUUACUGAUGAUGCAAUACUCUUCCUCAAUGGAUGUGAGACAUCUAUUAGAGGGCUCAUGAGUAUUAUCUCGAGGUAUGAGCGAGUUGCAGGUCAACUCAUAAAUGCCUCAAAGAGUAGCUUCAUGGUAGGCCCUUCUACCCCCAUAGGGACCAUACGACACAUCUAG